GAAAGCAGAGCAAGCACAAGUGCACCCCCACAUUUGGUGAGAAGUAAUUUGGAGCAUGUUUGCUGCAUCCCAUCGUGACCCACAGGACCACGGAGGCUUUCAAGUAACAGUCAAAAGAUCCAAGCCAGGACUGCCGUCACAGCUCACUCUGCACGUGACUUGUUUGCCUGGAGUUUCCUAGCUCCCUUUGAGCUGAGUUUACUAACGCAUAAGAUGCCCCAGGGAGCCCUGCAAGCCCUCUAACUGUCCUUGCAGCAAGAGCUUUUCCCCAGCUCUGAUCUUUGACCUUUCAGAAAGACUUAGGUUUCACAGGUUUUGCUCCACAGAAAGGUCUAUCAUCCCACAGACCCAUUCCCCCUGGGCUUUCAGAAUGUAAAUGUCGUGGCGAUGAGCCCACUGAUGUCUAGCUUCUGCCUGCUCACCCCUCCCAGUGCACCAGCGGAGCUCAGGGCCUCUGGGGCUUGAGCCUUCAUAAACCGGGGCUUAAGGGCUGUUGGUCCUGCUUUAGAGAGAUUUGCUUUAUUCGUUUUGCUUCUGGGAAGGAACAGACAUUCACAGCAGGCUUGGGGGUUAACGGUGAAACCUGAGCAUGCCACCCGUGUGCUCAGAUGGCGUCAGAUGUUUGUACAGAAGGCUGUGGUGUCAAAUCCACAGCUUCACAAGCCAUAAGCCUUCCUCACCUUAAACAGAGAAGGUGUAGCUGCCUAACGGUUUUAAUUGCUAACAGCAACCUCAGCAUUUAACAAGGCUCGAGUGUGAACUGCAGCAGACAGCAGUAGGGUUUUUUUUUGUUCAUUCGUGCUCUCUCUUGUUUCUUCAUCUAUGCUCAAGCCCACGCCAGCGACCUCUUGGACCAGGCCGCUGGGACACUGUCCUAGUGACCAUCAGCGACUUCAUCGGCUCCGCUACUCCUUGCUGGGCUGUUUUACCCACCCUGUCUGCUGGGACAAGCAACUUGGAAUUCUUCAUACUAGUGGAAACAGGUCUGAAGCCCAGUCCGCAACUCCAGUGGAGCUCCCUGGCUCCUGGGCUCUGAGGACGCAGUGCGGAGCAGAUGGAUAAUGGAGACUGGGGCUAUAUGAUGACUGACCCAGUCACGUUGAAUGUAGGCGGGCACUUGUAUACCACGUCUCUCACCACGCUGACACGCUACCCGGAUUCUAUGCUUGGGGCAAUGUUUGGGGGUGACUUCCCCACAGCCCGAGACCCUCAAGGCAAUUACUUCAUUGAUCGAGACGGACCGCUUUUCCGCUAUGUCCUCAACUUCCUACGGACUUCAGAAUUGACACUCCCCCUUGACUUUAAGGAGUUUGAUCUGCUUCGGAAAGAGGCUGAUUUCUACCAGAUCGAGCCCUUAAUUCAGUGUCUCAAUGACCCCAAGCCUUUGUAUCCCAUGGAUACUUUUGAAGAAGUUGUAGAGCUGUCUAGUACUCGGAAGCUUUCUAAAUAUUCCAAUCCUGUGGCCGUCAUCAUAACCCAAUUAACCAUCACCACAAAAGUCCAUUCCUUACUAGAAGGCAUCUCAAACCAUUUCACCAAGUGGAAUAAACACAUGAUGGACACCAGAGACUGCCAGGUCUCCUUCACCUUUGGACCGUGUGAUUACCAUCAGGAAGUCUCUCUCCGGGUCCACCUGAUGGAAUACAUUACGAAGCAGGGCUUCACGAUCCGAAAUACUCGGGUGCAUCACAUGAGCGAGCGGGCCAAUGAGAACACAGUGGAACACAACUGGACCUUCUGUAGACUGGCCCGCAAGACGGACGACUGACCGACGGCGGGCCCUCAGCUUAGAGCUUCUCGCAAGCCCACGUUUUGGGACACGGAAGAGACUGUUGUGGUUUAGUGUGGGCCCUCUUUUUUUUUCCCUCUUUAAUUUUUUCUUCAGUAUUUGUAUUUAUUUGAAGGCAUUGAGGACCAGAGGGAAGUUUCGUGUGUGAGCAGUCUCCUCCCUGUUUUGUUUCCAAGUAUGCAUGUGCCUGUUCAGAGUCUCUAGAAACCAUUUUUAUAAAAAGAGAUCUGAAAAUCAUUAUGGUAUAUAAUCUACCCUUAACAGUGCUAAAAUGAUUUCUGAUAAUGUGGUUCCUGACACGACUGGAAGGCUAAAAACACAGGAAUAAAAGAUUAAAGAGGGUAUUCAUGAUGACUUUGAGAAAAAUCAGAAUAUCAUGUAGGGUGACCUAGUUUCCAGACCAGUAGGCAGUAUUGUAGUAUUAGGAAGACUGGCCAGUCAUCUAAAGGUACUUGUUAAGGACUGCUUUCUACAGUUUUGACAACUGUUUCUUUCUAUGCAUAUAAAUCAAGCAACCAAAUAUCUGUAGCCAUGGAAAUGUCUGACUAGAAAUAUUUAUAUUGGAUUCUCAAUACAAAAUGUCCCUGUGGUAGAAACCUUAUGCCUGGUACAGUUUCAUUCCCAAGGGUACUGUCUACCAGGAAAGAAAAAAAUCUAAUAAAAAAUGGAAUAUAAAUAUUAAGGGUUGUAUUUAUUGCUAUAUAAGGGGAACAUCAUAUUCUUCAUUGAAAGUGUGCAUCAUUUAUGUCCCAAUUAAACUGCUUAUAGCACAUUUUUGAUAGGGUUGACAGGACACAGUGGAACAUUAGAUUGUAGUUUAUAAAGCCAACUGUAUAACGAGAGAUAAGCCGUUUUGUCUAAAGAGUGCAACACUGUUUUCAGGUAGAGUUUACAGUGAAUAUUACAGGUUUUCAACUGUCAUAGUUCUGGAGAUGACUCAUUCCAGUUUGUGCUGCGCAUGAGGACAAAAUGACCCCACCAGUCUACCCUCAGGAAUCGCAGUAGCUACAAAUGUAUGUUAUUAUGAAGCCUAAGUUCAAGUUCCGAGAAAUAAAUCGAAGUGAAGGAUCAGAAAC